AUGAAGUUCUCAGUCAACAAUGUUGUCCUGGCUGCGGCUUUGCUGCUUGCUGGCGGAAAAGGAGUACUGGCCUAUGACUGUUCGGUGAUGCAGUGUUUUCAGGACAAUGGCGGCAAUUUACCCACUCCUCAGACGCUUCCUUACUGCUAUGGCGAUAACAUGGUCAUUGGCUACGAGGGGGGCUCCGAGGAGGUCUGCCGCUGCUACAAGAAUGGGCCGCCUGCAGGGUUCGAGGCACUUUUGCUUCGGCGAUCUUUCCUCGCUACCACAUUCUUAGAGGAUGCGAGACCAAGGCGCACCCUUGUUUACCCGGAAUCCCUGGAAGGGAACGGGCCAUGGGGUGGUCAGCCGCCGGUUGCUACUUUGGAAGUGGUGGGGGAGAAGUAUGGUACAAAGGAGAUGAGGAGCAGUGGGAAGAUGGUAAAGAGAGUGCGGAAGGAGGGCGGUGGCGGACGGGGGAAGAACACGGAGGGAAAGGAAAACAACGGGCGAGUGGCACAAGCAGCCUUCCGCAGCGGAGGGACCGACGACUAG